AUGGCCGACAUUCGCGAAUUGAUCCAGACCCUGAAAGAAAAAAAGGUACCAGUCUUCGCGCCUGGAGAGCCGCAAUACGAGCGAUCAGUUGCAACGGUCAACCUCUUCUACCGCUUUGCGAGGCCCGAUUGCGUUGUCCAGCCUCGGAACGCAUCCGAUGUUCAAUUUGUCGUUCGAGAGGCCAGAAUAAGACGUAUUCCCAUCACGAUCAAGAAUGGCGGCCAUUCAUACUCGGGCGCCUCCACCGCCGAAAAGGGCAUCUCGCUCGAUUUGAUGCAGAUGAACGGCGUGACGCUCAACAUGAAGACAAAGCUUGCGACUGUCAAAGGUGGCGCGCAAUGGGGUCACGUCUACAAGCAAUUUGUGAAUAAGAAAAUUGACGGCUAUAUUGUCAACGGAGGACGAUGCCCAACAGUGGGAGUCAGCGGCUUCAUCCUGGGAGGCGGCCUCAGCCCAUUUACACGAAGCUUCGGAAUGGGCUGCGAUAGCCUGGAGGAGGUGACCAUUGUCACUGCCAGCGGAGACAAGGUCAAAGUCAAGAAGAGCGACGACCCUCAAUCUGGCAAAGGCAGGCUCUUCUGGGCGCUCUGCGGCGCAGGAGGUGGCAACUUUGGAGUCGUCGUUGAGAUGAAGCUGCGGAUCGAGAGGCUCCGCGGCGACAGAAUCGUGGCCGGCAGAUACACCUGGCACCCGGACUUUAGCACGAGUAAUCCCAGGAAGGCUGAUGAAUACGCCGCCACAAUGUCGCAGUUUUAUACGGCGGAUUUUCCGAAAGAGCUCACCAUUGACAGCACGUGGCUGUGCGAUCUCCAGGAGAGUAAGGAUGCCAUCAGGUUCCUUGUCUAUCACAAUGGCGGUAAAGCAGAGUUCGACAAGGUCAUUGACGACACCAUUUCUUCCGUGCCACUGGCAACGCAGCUCAAAAGGAGGUCUCUCGAAGAGGCGUCUUCCCGCUUCUUGCAUGAGACGCUUGUUGUUCAGUGGUCAGAGGAGAUUGGAAAGUCCCUCCCGUUGAACCUAUCCUAUAACAGCUACGCCUCCUUUGUCUUCGACGGAAAUGAUCGACAAGCUUUUGAAAAUAUCUCAGUCAACAUCCAGUAUAACAUGGUUAGAUUUCGAGAGAAGUUCACCGGAGAGCGUGGUUUGCUGCAAGUCACUUGGAUACACGCAGGUGGGCAAGCCGCUUCCAGGAAACCUUCAGAUACGGCAUUCUUUUGGCGCGACGGCGUCUAUCAUACAUACAUCACACUGCAGUGUUUUGAAAAAUUUCUGGUGCAGGAGAUGGAGGAGUUCCUCGACAACUUCAAGAAGCAGCUGCGGUCUUGGUCUCUAGAGGGGAAAGCCGCCUUCAUCAACUUCCCAGACAGAGCAUUGGCAUGCCAUCAGCACGAGGAGGCAUAUUUCGGCGACAAUAGGACCGAGUUACAGGCGGUGAAGAAACUCUGGGACGGAUCCAAGUACUUUAGGUGGGAGCAAGGAAGCAAGGCGGAACAGUUCAAUAGUAACGACUACAUGUCAUUUAGACGCGUCACUCUCGGGCCUUUGCUGGAAUAG